GUACUUUUCCGCGCGUUUCGUAACUUCCGCUGAUUUCGAAAAAUAGUGUUUUCCAUUCAAUUGCAUUGCCUCUUCUUCGUCAGUUGCGUUUGCUUAGAAUGGAGUUCAGUUCCAUUCCCCAGAAUCCAAAAGCCGUUUCUGGUCAAUUACUUAGGAAGUUUAAAUCUGCAAUGGAUAUUUCUCAUGACAAACGCAAGGAAAUGCAAAAAAGUACUCAUGAAGCUAUUGAAUUAGUUGAAAAAAGGGUAGAAAAAGACCUGCAUGCUGAAAAAACUCGACUUUCUACAUUGUUGAACGCCUUCUACUGUAAACUUGACUAUUAUCCAAACGACGAUGUUCAAAGAAAAACAAAUCAAUUGGCGUCACUACUCAGUAAAAUAGAUUGCAGCAGUUGCUCUGAAACCAAGAUUAAAAAUGGUGUUUCUGUGUACCGCAAUCACUACAACAAUCUAAAUUCAUCAGUCGUGGCUAUGGAGAAAUCGUGCACUUCAUUUCAGAGUUUGCUUGAAGAUGUUGAUAAAAUGGAAAAAGAUUUAGAAAGAUUUUCAAAGGAGUAUCGUCUAUCAUCAGAUGGUAUGAAAUCAGAAAUGCGUUCUCUACAAGGGAUUAAAAAAAGGCAUACAAAAAUGUCAAAAUCUUUGUCACAACAAAAUAAAUCUCUAACCAAGUCUAUAGCAUCAACUGGAAGAGUAAUUGAUCAUCGUGUCCUAGUUGCCUGGUCCAAGGAAAUUAAAGAAUUAAAAGAACGCAGAGCACACCUAUCUGAACGUGUUGACCAGUAUAUGGGCAUUUCUGUGGUAAAUACUUUUCUUUUCCUUUUGUUUUUUGUGUUUUUUUGUUUUGCACAUUUUCAUCAUUUUACUCUAAAUCUCUAAUCUAAUCAAAUCACACUGGGUUGUUUCUUUCUUUCGUUAGGAUACUGCAACAGCUAAGAAACAAUUGAAUGAUGUACUCUCUGAAUUGGAAUCCAUAGAUUCACAAAUGUUAAAAAUAAUGGGAUUGAAUGCAUGGAAUUGAAGUAGGCAAUUAUAAAUGUGUACAACACCCCUCGCCCUCUCCCCUUCCCCGUCCCCCUAAUGAUGUGAUCAGCAGACUUCUUCUUAUCUGAGCAUUUGAGAAAAUUCAUCAAUGUUGAUCCUUUUUUUGGAACAAUACUCAUUUUGGUCAGAUUACAUUUGAUGAUGAUGAUGAUGACGGUGAUGAUUGUAGCAACAGAUUUUUUCAAUAUGCAAUUUCAUUUUAGUCAAUGUCAAUCAACACUCAGUCUUUUUGCUAUGCAUACAGUGUCUAGUUUUUUGCUAAGGCGGUGUGGUGUUUGCUUUAAAAUGAUCUAUUUUGUGUUUAUUAGGACGUAUAUAUGU